GCUAAUAGGAAGUUGGCAGCGCGCGGAAGAGGAAAGUCUAGUACGGUUAUACGUUUGUUAAAAAUAAGCUAAGUUAGCAACGGUAGUUUGGCCAUUGUCCGGCAAAGAUUGAUAUAAAUGACCGGUGAACCGUAUCUAUCUAUUAACUAUAUGGAAGUCGUUAGGGAUAACUGUUAUUCACUCAAUGGUUUUAAUAGAUAAACGGAAAUAACAUUGUGUAGCUUAACUGUUAACCAGUGGUUACGGCUAAUACAGAAGGUGGCUAACUGAUUGUAAACGGUACUCUUAGCUAGCUUGGCUAACGUUGUCGUUAGCAUCCAAUCAAACGGCAUUCGUUGUCAACCUAAAGCACCGAAACAGCAGACGAGUGGUUUUAUAAGUCCGUCAGUUCACAGGGGGAAUUUAUAGACGGGUGGAGAUAAUGCACCACGUCAAGAUCAAGACUGAAAGGCCAGAUUUAGACGGGGCUGGUGCACGUAGCAGAUUAGAUGCUGUCUUAAAGUGUCUGGUAGAGAAGAGUGAAAAUGAAAGCAGGGAGCAAAAUGAGGGCGAUCCAGGGAAAUUGUCAGCUGACUCCUUGAACAAGGAUUUAUCUCCAACAUCUGCUGGAAAAAGACCGUCGGCUCGAUUUCCACAACACCGUAGAAAGAAGCGAAAAGAGAUGGAUGAGAGCAUACCAGAGAGCAAUCAACAUAAACAAAACGCUUACAUUAUUAAGUUGUUCGACCGAAGUGUGGAUCUGGCUCAGUUCAACACUGGGACUCCAUUGUAUCCUAUCUGUCGUGCAUGGAUGAGGAAUAAUCCUUCUGUUCGCGAGCCAGCUGCUUCCCCCAGCUCCCCACAGAGCAUGGUAGAAGAAGAGGUCACAGACACGAUCAACGGUAAAGGUCAGAAUGUUUACCGACUUCCUCCUCCGACCGCCUGUCCAGUUAGCUCCUCUGGUGAACCCAUCAAUCUUAGGAUCCCAGCGACUGAAAAACCAGCUGUUACCAAGUUAACAGAUGUUGCUGUAUCAGGAUCUCUCAUAUGUGACCACAUGGAACGUUGGAAAAAGAUAAGGCAAAAAUGGAAGGAGUGCUCCAACAAGAAUCAGUUAAGAUACAGUGAGAGCAUAAAGAUCCUUAAAGAAAUGAAGGAACUCUAUGAUCACUGACUGGCUACUCUGUAGUUCUCCAGUGCUGAGGGGACUUGAUUGGAAAAGAGUGGUGGCUUUGCAGUCAGUGCCUGAAUACACCUGCUUUCUGUGCAGUCUGACUGAUAGAGAAACAUUAACAGGAGCUUGAGCCUUAAAAGACUGCACAUCAUCUCUGGAUGUAUUUUGUUGUGAGAGUUUCCUGUGGUAUGAUAUUUUUGUAAUUCAUAAAAAUCUAGUGUAUAUGUCUUAAUAAUUUAAGUGUUUCAUCAGUAUUUUCCAGACACAUUGACUUGUACACUCAAGAUCAAUAAAAUGUGUAAUAAAAAUUGA